AUGUCCUCAGUUCCUGAUAUAGAUCCAUAUGCUGCUCUGGGGAUAGCCAAAGAUGCGACCCUCUCCGAGAUCCGGGCCGCCCAUCGAAAGCGAGUGCUGAAAUGCCACCCAGACAAGAUCCAAGAUGAGUCGCAGCGGAAUGCCGCCCAAGAUGAAUUCCAAAGAGUUCAACAAGCCUACGAACUCCUCUCAGAUGAGUCCCGACGAACCAAAUAUGACGCCAAAAUCAACAGAUUAGCCGAAUUGAAGGCCGAGCUGGAACGCAGACGAACAGAGUCGUAUGGCUCUCCUCGAGGAAGUGGUUCCAGCAACCGCGAAUACCGUAAUGGUCGGAUCGUGGAGGAACGAGUCCCCUUGGAAGUGUACCUCGAUGAAAACUUGCGCUUCACAGAAGAACCGCGUCCAAUGUCCCGCAAGUACGAGGAAUAUGGGAUGCGAUCCAAGACCAAACCCACAGAAGAAAAGAAGAAGAAGACCUCGUCAACGCCGACGCCGAUGAGUGGUUAUUACGCCUCAAAGGAGCAGCGGGAAUCAACCAAGGCCACCCAUUCCGACCGUGCCAAGACCCGUGAUCAAGAACGACGCCGACAAGCUUCGGCCAAAUACGACACGUUUGAUUCUUACGCUGAAUCCGACGAUGCUUCAGACUCCAGUGCUCCCCGCUACGUCUUCACCAAGCGAACAGCACCCCCGCGUAGAGAGCGUGAUUCUCGGUCCAGGCCAGAACCCUCUCGCCGCGAACGCUAUGAGGAAGAUGAUUUCUCCGAUAAUUGGCAAAGCAAGAUCAACAACAAGACAACUAGCGCGGAGGACUACAUCGCAUCCAAGGGUCGAACUUCAUCCCCACGUCGAUACCGUGGUUCCGACUCAACGGAACCAGACUCAUCAAGCUCGCGGCCUUCGGGACGGUCCACCCGCCCGACCACAAGACGCCCGUCAGUAUCCCGCGGCAACUCGUACGACUACAAUGAGUCGCCUCGCGAGAAGCCAAAGAUGCCAACCGCCACAACUUCUCCAAGCAUCAAGAGCUCUCUCCGCCCCUCAUUCCUGAAUCACCGCGCAGCAACCUCAAGUGGCUUCAGUCGUUCCAAACGCGAAAGUACACUACAUUCAAUGGUGAACGAAUCCCCUUCAUCUCGCUCUUCAAAGCCCCGCGAUCGCUACGAUUCUGGAUAUUCCAGCCCAACGACGCCUGAAAUCCCACUGCGGGGCAGUUCCCCCAAGACACAUACCCGAUACAAGAUUGUUGCAGAGCCAGACCGCGUCAUUGUCGAGCCAAAGUCUGCCUCGUCAAAGUACCGUUCCUCAUCCCCAGAGCGUGCCGAAAGAACAUCUUCAUCGGCGCGCCAGCCCCCCAAGCGGAGUACUACAUACCAGAGCUACCCAACGGAAUCGCCAUCGUCCCCUCGCAUUGAAGUCCGCCCUUCACGACCUUCAAGGCCGGCGUCGUAUCGCGAUGCCGACUACCCUCCUCGUCCAAAGGACAAGGACGUCAAGUACUCUCGUGCCUACGGGCCCGAGGACAUCAAUUACUCGCCACGGCGUCAUUAUUAUGACGAGGACAGUCGUCCUUCUAAUGUAGGCAGACGCCAGUCUGCUUACGCUUACUAG